CACGUUCCUACAAAGCUCAAUUAUAACUUGGACGUGGGUGAAUGAUUAGCGCUGUCUUGUCAAGGGUAUUUGAGUGCUUGUCAAAUGGUUAUACCGCCUAUUCUCCCUUCCCUCUAAUUCUUGCAUCCAUUUCCCUCAGGCUGAUCCCAAUCUUUGACUGUUCGCAAUGAACGACGAUCACAGGCUGAAACCUGCUCCAGAGCCAUCUGGAUCCAGAGAAGCAACUGCUGGCGAGAUCUCGAGCCAGCCCCAUAGCGGAUUCUGUCGAGCCCUGCGGAAAUUUAAGAAGAAUGUGACUAAAAAAGUUUCUAAGCGCUUCAAGCGCUCCCGGCACCAAACCCCUGCUGUCCAGAAC